AUGGGCGACAAAGGCACCAGAGUGUUCAAGAAAGCCAGCCCCAAUGCCAAGCUCACCGUUUACCUGGGCAAGAGAGAUUUUGUCGACCACAUUGACCUCGUGGAUCCAGUCGAUGGCGUUGUCUUGGUGGAUCCAGAAUACUUAAAAGAGCGGAAAGUUUUCGUGACGCUGACCUGCGCUUUCCGCUACGGCCGCGAGGAUCUGGACGUCCUGGGCCUGACCUUUCGCAAAGACCUCUUCGUGUCCAACGUCCAGGCUUUCCCUCCAGUGGCCGAAGAGAAGAAGCCGCUGACGAGGCUGCAGGAACGGCUGGUGAAGAAGCUAGGGGAGCAGGCGUACCCCUUUACUUUUGAGAUCCCUCCCAAUCUCCCUUGCUCCGUGACGCUGCAGCCUGGCCCGGAGGACACUGGAAAGGCUUGCGGGGUGGACUACGAGGUGAAGGCCUUCUGCGCGGAGAAUUUGGAGGAGAAGAUUCACAAGAGGAACUCCGUGCGCCUGGUGAUCCGGAAAGUCCAGUAUGCGCCCGAGCGGCCAGGCCCCCAGCCCAUGGCGGAGACCACCCGGCAGUUCCUCAUGUCCGACAAGCCCCUCCAUUUAGAGGCCUCGCUGGACAAAGAGAUCUAUUAUCACGGAGAACCGAUCAAUGUCAACGUCCACGUGACAAACAACACCAACAAGAUGGUCAAGAAGAUUAAAAUCUCAGUUCGACAAUAUGCGGACAUCUGCCUGUUCAACACUGCCCAGUACAAGUGCCCGGUGGCCGUGGAGGAAACCGACGACGUGGUGGCCCCCAGCUCCACCUUCUGCAAGGUCUACACCUUGACCCCCUUCCUCGCCAACAACCGGGAAAAACGCGGACUGGCUUUGGACGGAAAGCUGAAACACGAGGACACCAAUUUGGCUUCCAGCACCCUGCUAAGAGACGGCGCCAACAAGGAAGUUUUGGGCAUCAUCGUCUCCUACAAAGUGAAAGUCAAGCUGGUGGUCUCACGAGGCGGCUUGCUGGGAGACCUGGCCUCCAGCGACGUGGCCGUGGAGCUGCCCUUCACCCUGAUGCACCCCAAACCGAAGGAAGAGGCCUUGCACCAAGACGCUCCACAAAACGAAGCUCCCAUCGACACAAACCUCAUAGAGCUCGACACAAACGACGACGACAUCGUCUUCGAAGACUUCGCCCGCCAGAGACUCAAAUGCAUGAAGGACGAGGAAGAGGAGGCCGACGGAACAAACUCCCCCCAGCUGAACGACAGAUAA